UCAAGCAAGAAAGAUGCACAUGAACUCGCAAGGAGGGAGGACGUGCUAUAUAUGAAAAGCAGACCCCAGCACACGUAUACACGCAAGAGGAAGAAGAACCGAAGUCGAUCCUCAACUGCGAAUCUGUUGUGAUCUUCUAAUGACGGAGCUGACCAAGGAGAAAUGCCGGACGGCCGACAAGCUGCAGGAUAGCAUCGGUGAUGGCACCGUCGGAGUGCCUGGCGGCGCGACGGCGGCGUGCUGGGACUGCAGCAUCUGCCUGGAGACGGCAUCGGAGCCGGUGGUGACGCUGUGCGGCCACCUCUACUGCUGGCCCUGCAUCUUCCGCUGGCUCACCACCUCCUCCAGGUCCAAGUCCCGCGCCUCGUCCUCGGCGCGCUGCCCCGUCUGCAAGGCCGCCGUCUCCGAGGACCACCUCAUGCCGCUCUUCGGCCGCGCUCGUGCCGCCACCCUAAUCCCGGCCGGAGGCAGAGGAGGCAGCGUCUGCCAGGUACCGCGUCGUUCGCCGGUGCCGGGGCCGAACGCGGAGGAGCGCCUUCAGGGGCCGGACUUGCACGACGGCGGCAACUUCUACUACUACGAGAAUAUUGGGAUCAAUGGCCUGGACUGCUCCAACGAGGAGCGCUUGCUCGGCGGCAUCGCGCUGGCGGUGCUACUCCCAUGGGCGACGAGGGGCGGUGGGACUGGGAGGCCGCCACCGCCGUCGUUGUACCGCGACGGCGAGGGCUGGAGGAUGGCGCGCCAGCAGAGGCGGGUGGCGCGCAGGUUGCGGCAGAUGUGGGUGUUCCUCGCCAUGGUGGCGUUCCUCUGCUUCCUUCUUCUUUGAGGCUGUGCAGAAAACGAUGUAGUUUUUUUUUUUGAACUGGCAGGAGCGUUGCAUUUUCAUUAAAAGGAAAAAAUAUACACAUUAGCAUGUUUAUAAAGGAGUACAUGCCGGAAAACCGCAUGUGAUCUACUCCCUCCGUUCCUAAA